GUUAGCCGGCCACAUUUAUGAUUUUUCUAGGAAAUCCAACCGUUUUCACGUCCGUCUAUGCAUGCAUGCAUGCGCGCUCUAUAUAUAUGGACUACAAAUAGAAUGCUUCCUACCAGUGAAAGAGAAACUAAAGAGUUCACUUAAGUAUUUAAUUAGAAGAGCUGAGCUUGAGGUGAGAGUCCACUGCAAUGGCUUCCGCCGAUAACGGAAAAGGCAACGGUAACAACACCGGCGAUGGGCAGGGAGAGAAACCGGCCGGCCUUGAAGUCGCAUUAGGCGUCGCUGCUGCCGCUCUGAUCUCGUGGUUUGGAUCCAUGCUCUUCGGCGGCGGCUCGUCGGGAAACGGCGGCAGGCCGACGAUGAGAGCUCCGGGAAGGCCGCAGAACCGCAUCUUCAGGGAUGAGUUUGAGCGGGACCCGGCUUCCUACUUCCGUGAUCUCCGCGGCAACAAGUAGUAGAUGUUAUAUGUUCUUCUUUAUCUGUGGUUUUUGUUUGUGCGCUUAAUUAACUAAUUAAGCUGGUUAAUUAUG